AAGUAAUAAUAUUUAUUUUAGAUUUAAUUUUAAGGUUGGUUAUGGUAUUAAUUAUAGUAGUUAUAGUCUUAGUUGGAUUAGCUUUUUUGACUUUAAUAGAACGUAAAGUUUUAGGUUAUAUUCAAAUUCGUAAGGGCCCUAAUAAGGUUGGAUUUAUGGGAAUUUUGCAGCCUUUUAGAGAUGGGAUUAAAUUAUUUACUAAGGAACAAACAUUUCCUUAUAUAGCUAAUUUUUUUAUUUAUUAUUUAUCUCCGGUAAUAAGAUUAUUUCUAUCUUUAAUGUUAUGAUUGUGUGUUCCUUUUAUGACAUUUUUAUUUAGAUUUAAUUUGGGUAUUUUAUAUUUUUUAUGUUGUUCUAGAUUAGGUGUUUAUACAAUUAUGAUAGCAGGUUGAUCGUCAAAUUCAAAUUAUUCAUUGUUAGGGGGAUUACGUGCUGUUGCUCAAACUAUUUCUUAUGAAGUUAGAUUAUUUUUAAUUUUAUUAUCUUUUUUACUUUUAAUUUCUAGAUUAAAUUUAAUUGAUUUUAUGAAAUAUCAAGAAUUUAUAUGAUUUUUAUUUUUAUGUUAUCCUUUAUGUAUGAUAUGGUUUGUUUCAAGAUUAGCUGAAACAAAUCGUACACCAUUUGAUUUUGCUGAAGGGGAAUCCGAAUUAGUAUCUGGAUUUAAUGUUGAAUAUAGAAGAGGUGGGUUUGCUUUAAUUUUUUUAGCUGAAUAUUCAAGAAUUUUAUUUAUAAGAUUAUUAUGCGUAGUUUUAUUUUUAGGUGCUAAUUUAAUAAGAUUUUUUUUUUUUUUAAAAUUAGUAUUUAUAUCUUUUUUAUGAGUAUGGGUUCGAGGGACAUUACCUCGAUAUCGGUAUGAUAAAUUAAUAUAUUUAUGUUGAAAGGGGUUUUUACCUGUUUCUUUAAAUUAUCUGAUAUUUUUUAUAGGUUUAAAAUUAUUUUUAUUUUCCUUAUUAUUAUAG